AUGAUUGAAGAUCGAGACAAGAUGGGUGAAAUUUGUUGGUAUAUAACACUCAUCCAUGGACGCUCAAAACCCUUUUCACCACUCUCGACCAUCUCUAUAACUGCACUAAAUUUAAGAACAAGAAGUUAUGGCAUCAAAGUUGAAUGUCUUACGUUCAAAGAAAAAUGUCAGCAGUUAUCAAAUCAGCUACUUUACACUCGUCUUGCCAGUAUUCCAAGUCGCUAUGAUGCAUUCUGGAAAGAGCUUGAGUAUGUGAAGCAACUGGUAAAGACAAGGCAUGAGCUUAAAACUGAAGAUAUGGGAAUUGCUGCUCUUUUUGGGUUGGAAUGUUUUGCUUGGUAUUGUGCUGGAGAGAUUGUGGGAAGAGGAUUUACUAUUACUGGUUACUAUGUUUAAAUCCAUUUCCUGCAAUCAACGUUAGCUUUUUUGCCUAUGCUUUGCUUUUUCAGGAUAUAAUAAGAUAGUCUACUUAGAAAUACAGUUUUUCAUAUUUUAUAUGACAACUUAGGGGCGAUAAUCACUGCCCAAAUAAAUUCAAAAGAUUCUUACUUUAAGUUUUGUGGUGUGGAGCACAUAGUUUGUGUGUUUAUGUGUGUGUGUGUGAAAAUGAAGGGCAAUGUCAUUGGCAACUACUACUCACAUCUGUAAUAACAUUGUAACCAAAAUCUAGUUUUCUCAGGAUGUGACAUGACACUGGUUAAAUGCUUAUUGAU